AUGCACUCCUUUGCUUCUCUUUUCGCCUACGGCCUAGCCGCCGGCGCCACCCUCGCUUCUGCCUCUCCCAUCGAAGCUCGGGGCAGCUGCACCUUCACCACGGCUGCUGCUGCCAAAGCGGGCAAGGCGAAGUGCUCUACCAUCACCCUUGACAACAUCGAAGUGCCCGCUGGAACCACCCUGGACCUGACCGGUCUCACCAGCGGUACCAAGGUCAUCUUCGAGGGCACCACGACCUUCGGGUAUGAAGAAUGGGCAGGCCCCUUAAUCUCCAUGAGUGGCAAAGACAUCACUGUUACUGGUGCCUCAGGCCAUCUCAUCAACUGCGACGGUUCACGGUGGUGGGACGGUAAGGGGACCAGCGGAAAGACGAAGCCCAAGUUCUUCUACGCCCAUGGCCUUGACUCCUCGUCCAUUACUGGAUUGAAUAUCAAGAACACCCCCCUUAUGGCGUUUAGUGUUGAGGCGGAUGACAUCACCCUGACUGACAUUACCAUCAACAAUGCGGACGGUGAUAGCCUGGGUGGACACAACACUGAUGCAUUUGAUGUUGGUAACUCCGUCGGUGUGAAUAUCAUCAAACCGUGGGUCCAUAACCAGGAUGACUGUCUUGCGAUCAACUCUGGCGAGAACAUCUGGUUUACCGGCGGCACCUGCAUUGGCGGCCACGGUCUCUCCAUCGGCUCUGUCGGCGACCGCUCCAACAACGUCGUCAAGAACGUCACCAUCGAGCACUCCACCGUGAGCAACUCCGAGAACGCCGUCCGAAUUAAGACCAUCUCUGGUGCUACAGGUUCCGUCUCUGAGAUCACAUACUCCAACAUUGUCAUGUCCGGCAUCUCCGAUUACGGCGUCGUUAUCCAGCAGGAUUACGAGGAUGGUAAGCCUACGGGAAAGCCCACAAACGGUGUCACUAUUAAGGACGUGAAGUUGGAGAGCGUUACGGGUACUGUGGAUAGUAAGGCUACUGAUAUCUAUCUUCUUUGCGGAUCUGGUAGCUGCUCGGACUGGACUUGGGACGAUGUGAAGGUCACCGGGGGAAAGAAGUCUAGCGCUUGCAAGAACUACCCUUCGGUGGCUUCUUGCUAG